CCGCGUCGAGUAUGGGAGAGCCCAAUAAGAGAAAUAUCAUCUAGGGUUUUUCAUUUAUAAAACAAUCUCGUAUUUAGGUCAUUCCGCCUCUUGCCUCCUCGUCACUCAGAUCUCACAUAGCUAAACAAUGGUGUUUGUGAAGCCAUCCAAGUCGAAUGCUUACUUCAAGAGGUACCAAGUCAAGUUCAGGAGAAGGAGAGCUGGAAAGACUGAUUACAGAGCAAGAAUCCGUCUCAUCAACCAAGACAAGAACAAGUACAACACCCCCAAGUACCGUUUCGUUGUCCGUUUCACCAACAAAGACAUCGUCGCGCAAAUCGUGUCCGCGAGCAUAGCUGGUGACAUUGUCAAGGCCUCUGCUUAUGCUCAUGAGCUUCCUCAAUAUGGGCUCACUGUUGGGCUCUCCAACUAUGCUGCAGCUUACUGUACUGGCCUUCUCUUGGCUCGCCGUGUGUUGAAGAUGUUGGAAAUGGAUGAAGAGUAUGAAGGCAACGUGGAGGCCACUGGUGAAGACUUUUCCGUGGAACCCACCGAGUCAAGGAGACCUUUCCGUGCUCUUCUUGACGUCGGUCUUAUCAGGACCACAACAGGAAACCGUGUCUUCGGUGCACUCAAGGGUGCAUUGGACGGAGGUCUUGAUAUCCCUCACAGUGACAAGAGAUUUGCCGGUUUCAACAAAGAAAACAAACAGCUUGAUGCUGAGAUCCACAGGAACUACAUCUACGGUGGCCAUGUGUCGAACUAUAUGAAGAUGUUGAACGAAGAUGAGCCAGAGAAGUUUCAGACUCAUUUCAGCCAGUACUUGAAGAAAGGAGUUGAUGCCGAGAGCAUGGAGGAGUUGUACAAGAAGGUUCAUGCAGCCAUCCGCGCUGAUCCUAACCCAAAGAAGACUGAGAAACCUGCUCCCAAGGCACACAAGAGGUACAAUUUGAAGAAGUUGACCUAUGAAGAAAGGAAGAACAAGUUGAUUGAGAGAGUUAAGGCAUUGAAUGGAGCAGCUGGUGGUGAGGACGAUGAUGAGGAGGACGAAGAGUAAAUCAGUGCAACUCUUUUCGUCUCAUGAUGUUGUCUCUUGUAGCUUUUUACUGUUUUGAGCUUAAAGCCUCUUUUAUUCUAUUUUCAAGACUAAAACACUCAGUUUUUGUUUUCACAUUUGAAUUGGGUUAUCUGAGGAUUUACUUCUUUUUUCCU